AUGAACAACUUCCAGUCUUCUUUUGAGCCUAACACAUUGAGAGCUAAUGAAACAAUUGCAAAUCUUAGCUCGUCUCUUAAGGCUGAAAGAACAAAACUACAAGAAGUCCGAACUGGAAUCACCACUGAUCACGAAGUGUUCAAAUCAUCCAUUUCUUCUCAACUCUCUAAACUUCAGGAUGAUCUCGCCAUGGAAAGCAAGAUAAUGGACUCCCUUUCCAUUAAAACUAAAAAAGUUAAAGUUCUCACUGUUAACCUUGAACAUGUUGAGAAAGAUAUUCAGGAUCUGAUCGCCGAGAAGGCAAUAAUGAAAAGUUGUAUAUCUGAUGUUAAUGGUUUCAUCUCAGACAUUAUCAAGACCAAGGAUCCAAUGAUAACAAUUACUGUUCUGAAGCAUCUUGCUGAAAAGCUAAGACCUAUGUUUGCUAUGUUACUCCACUUGGAGGGUAUUCCGGAACCUUCUGUUAUUCCAAAACAAAGGGGAGAUCAACCGAAAAAGCCUUCAACAACUUCGUUGAAAAAGCCUCCAACAACUUCAAUCAAGCCAAGCAUUAAGAGCAAAUCUAAGGCAAAAGGCAAAGACAAGCUUUUUUAUGAGGAGCCAAUAGUUGAUAACGGCGAUGAAGAAGAGCUUGAUGAAGAAGAACUCAAAAGUGUUGUGAAUUUUCUCGUCUCUGAUAAUGAUGGUGAUCAACUUCAUUUCCAAUUCUAUCUUAAGCACAUGAGGAUGCAAUACGAAACUUGGAGUGCCAGCAAAAUCAUGGCAGUGAAGUACGAACCUGUCAUCCAUCACCUUAAGCUUAUUAUCAUUUCAUAUAUCCAAGAGGUGGGCAUCGUGGAUGUAGAGAUAGCUAUAGUGUUACGAAAAAAGCAUACUACAGUUCCUAAGGAAGCUCUUGAGGGGUUUGAAAAGUUGAAGAUUAGAAAACUCUACAAGGAAAUCUGGUAUGUUGUCUUUCAAGCGAGGGAUAAGAAUGAUGCUAACUAUCACAAAACGUGUUUCUUCCUCCCAGAAAAACACUUAUACACCACAUCUUGUAUUGAUUUCAUCUUGGAUCUUAUCAACAAAUACAAGAGAAACAGUGAAGGUGAUAAGAAAUACUUCUCAGACAUGAUUCGUUGGUAUGUCCAGGUUCAUAAAGCAUUGUUGAGCAUAAUGUCGAAGGUUUUUGAAGUACAAAAGCGAAUCCAGAAUUCGUGUUCGCAUUCCUCAAAUGACGCAAAGGGGGAGAUUGUUGGGUAUUAG